AUGAGCCACCAGCCGCGCAGAAAGCGGGCGCGCUGGGCGGCGCUGCAAACGGUGCGCACGGCAGACAGCCGAAGUACUGCGUUGCCUGCAGAGAAACGAGCCCUCCGCGACCUUAAUGAUGCAGAUCCCAUCGUAUCGACAACGCCCAGCAAGCCAACGCUUGAAACCCGCAUUAGUCGCCGCUCUGCCUCUAGCGUCGCUGCUCUCGCAAACACCACCAGGAUACCCGGCCUACUCCCUCACACCGCUGAGGGAGUAAAACGACAUGACCCGGUAUCUUUGGAGCCGGGCGCUCGCCCGCGCUCGCCUGCUUUUGGUGGUGGCCGGGCUCGAGGUAGACGGCGCAAGCCGUUGGCAUCCACCGCUGAGGCUGCUGCCUUGAUUGCGCGCGGCCCGCUGGCUCGCCGUCCUCCUCUUGACCUCACGCGCCCAUCCAACGCGAACACCGCAUCCGCUGGACUCGGGCCUGCCGCAGAGAACUCAUCCAUGACACACCAGAGCCGCUUGCCUUCAAACACCAGCCCGACACCCACAGGCGACAAUGCGGUGGACCCUGCUCUUUUGCCAGUUUCUUCGCCCUCGUCGCCUCCCCUGACAGCACUUUCUUCUGGACCAGUUCAGGCCAUUCACGAGUCCAUCCCGCAGGAAACUCAGCCCCAGGCCGAGACCGCGCCCAAGCCCAACCACGACGAAGGCACUUCCACAACACUCAUCUCGGUCACUCACCGAGGUGCCUCACCCCCACUCAUGACCCCAGCGCAACGCAUCAAUGGCCACAAUUCCCCGCCGGAUCAACUUACUGUAGCAUGUCCUGCCUUGGCUGACACUCAAACCCCGUCUCUGCGCGCUGCCAAAUCCCCUUUUGACAGCAAUGCAACCACAUGCGCUGAUGGCUCGAGCUCCUGUUCCUCACAAAGCAGCACUCCGCUUCCCACUCUGGACACCGGCCUUGAGGACGCCGAGCCACGCUCAGAUGCAGAGGCGCAAGCCCAGCCAGUGCUGUCAUCAGCCGUGCAGGCAAUCGGUGCAGCCAGUUUCCACACAGAUCUGCCCAACGUGAAACCGGGCAUGCACCCCACUCCGAAUCACGGGGUGAAGCCCGCCCCGGAUCCGAUGCCCGCUUCUUUGACGGCGCUCACCGCUGCCAGUCAGCCUCUGCUGGACAGCCUGUCUUCGCCCGUGCGGCCCAGGCCACGUGCGGAUAGCCAGCUGAGCACAACGCAGAUUCUCUUUGGAGAGUCACAACCGCUGGCUGUCAGUGAGCCUGCGGAACCACCAAAAGAUCUUGUUCCCGAGGAUCAAACUUGCCCCACGCUAGAGCUUGCACCCACUGAGCCCAUGCAACCUCUCGACGGCACCCCAACACAAGCCUUGGUCCCUCUGCCCUCAACAGCGCCGCAUUCGACCCUGCCCUUGCCCUCUGUCCCAGCUAUGGGGUCCCCCACACAGCUCCUACACCCCGCAACAGAAUCCGAGCGGAGCCAAGAUGGUCGGGCUCACAAAGUUGCCUAUCGCGAUGAGCCAAACCACGCACCACCCACAACCCUGGCCCAACCGAGUCUCAGAACAAUCUCACUUCCCGAGUCAUGGCGGUGCGACGAAGAGAAGGCCACUUUUGCUGACCUGUCGGGUAUUGGCGUGCAGUGCUGA